AUGAAACGAACAUCUAAUAUGAUUCAAAAUACGAAUAAGUCGAAUCCAAAACCGAACGUAACACUCGAAGGUAUAAUAGUGGCAGUAUCAGAUAUUUCUGAUAAUCAAACUGAGAAGAAAGGCAAAUAUUGGACAGCAUUACUUUGUGAUAUAAAUCAAAAUAUCAAUCGAAUAUCAAAAUACUUGUCAUCAAAAACAAAUUGUUCCCUUCAUGUAAAAAUGAUCGAACAUUUGAAUAAUCAACAUGGCGUUCGACUCAAUAAAUUAAAGCAUAAUGGUGAUAAUACAUAUUUUGCAACAAUUGAAACCAUUGCAACACCAACACUCUUAACAUUAACACCUUUAUGUACUAAAACCAGUACGAUUAAAAAUAUCGAAUCCAUGUCAGAUGGUGAACAUGUAUCAUUUGCAUGUAAAAUAAUCGAUAUUGGUUCUGAAAUACGUAUGACCUGGUUAAUUAUGAAUGCAAAUAGUUUUGAACAAGAAGUAACUCAAUUGAUUUUAUAA